CGGUUCGGUUACCAUAGUGUGAAGGACUCUUUUGUGGGCUUGAAAUAUGAGCCAGGGGUCAGAAAGCGUCGCGACCAGGCCCGUACCGACUGCUCUUUUUCCCCCAUUCUAACCCCGGGAAACAAGAGUCUUCUUAGUGUUCCACGCGAGAAUUUGUGUACGCCAGACAGAAAGGACUGUCUCAUUAACGUGACUGUUUGAAGGGUGUCUACAAAGGAGAGGAAAGCCGUGUGUGUCGCAGGUGUAUUCUUACUACCCUCAUCACUAUAUGGCCUUUGCUUUUUUCUUCCUACAGGCAUAUGAUCAUUGUGAGGGAAGCCUGAUGCAUGGAGUACGGUUACAAUUUCCCUGGUACGGCUUCAAGGGACUUUGUUAACGCUGCAAUGUGAAGCCGACACCCACACGGUCCAGCACUUCAAUACAGUCUGGAGGAAGUUCAAAAACAACUUUCGCUGUGUCAUCUCCGCUUAGAAAAUAAGACGUCUUGGGAGACUUCUUCUGCGUCGAAGGAUCGUUCUCACAGAGUGGACAAACUGGCCAUGGCGGUGUCAAGAACAAGUGGGGUUGUAUUCCUCGCAACAUUGGCUUUCUUGGUCCUUCUACUGCCACAGGCGAACUGCGACACCUUCGAUCUGGAAGAAGCCACAUUGAAAGCCGCACAAGACUGCCUCGAAUACAUAGCCGCAUACGACAUCAAUGGAGACGGUGGGCUGCACUGUAACGCGACGUUUGACGGGCUGACGUGUUGGCCUUACGCGGAAGCCGGAGUUGUGGCCGUGCCGUGCCCCGGGUACAUCCCAGACUUCAAUCAUGAAGAAAUGGCGAUCAGAGUAUGUGAGAAAUCCGGCUUAUGGAAGAUCAAUGCUGAGUCCAACAAGACGUUUGUCAACUACUCGGCUUGCUGGAACGAAGCAGAACCGGAGGAGUUCAACCUGGAAGACGCCGUCACCAUGUACACCGUCGGCUACUCCCUAUCGCUGGCAUCCCUGACGAUUGCUCUUAUCAUCCUCAUCUAUUUCAAGAGAUUACACUGCACAAGGAACUAUGUCCACAUGCACCUGUUUGUAUCCUUUAUGCUGAGGGCGACAAUGGUGUUGGUGCGAGACAAAGCACUGUACUCUGAGGGCGGGACAAGAAGCACGCCCGGUUGUAAAGUUGUCCAGACCAUCUUCAUGUAUUUCAUGGCCACCAACUACUUCUGGAUCCUGGUGGAGGGACUAUACCUCCACAACCUCAUCUUCUUCUCCGUCUUUACCGAGAGAAAGGUUUUGAAGUGGUUCGUGGCCAUUGGAUGGGGUUUUCCAGUUCUAUUUGUCAUACCAUGGGCCGUCGUUCGUGCCAAACUUGCAGACGAGAAAUGCUGGGACGACGUGGAUGAGUUCGGCUAUAUCUGGAUUUACAAGUCAUUCAUCGUAGCGACCAUUGGGAUCAACUUCCUGCUGUUCGUCAACAUCAUCCGGGUUCUGGUGAAGAAGUUGCGACAUCCUGCGUCAGUUGGUUCUCAGAGACGAUCCAGAUGGUGUUGCAAUUGCCCACGGGGAACCAAUGGCGGUUCGAGCAACAGAUCUGACGGCCGACGAAGCAGUGUCCAGAUGCAAAUGCCUAUCAAACUGGCCAAGUCCACGCUUGUCCUGAUCCCGUUGUUCGGAGUCCACUACAUCGUGUUUGUGGGCAUGCCAGAGAGUGAGAGAGGUCUCGCCUACAGCGUCAGGAUGUUUUUCGACUUAUUCUUCAACUCAUUCCAGGGUUUCUUCGUCUCCGUCUUGUACUGCUUUCUUAACGGAGAGGUAAGACAAGAAUUCAAAAAGCGGUGGGAACGCUGGCGGAUGGGCAGGGACAUUCUGUCAUCGCGAACUCAAGCCGGUUACAGCACGGCGCAAACGUACACAAACGCCAACCAGACCCGGUUACUACCGGAUAGGGACGAUCUAGGGGACAGUUCGAUCAGUCCGGGUCGCAAAAAGCGAGGGAGCUCCAUACCAACACCACGCGAAUCCGUGGACUACAUCAAACAAAACGAGAGAAACAAUGACAAAUUCUUUCAUACGUCGAGUAGUGAUAGUAAUACCAACGGGACCACCUCGCCAAAAAGCGUAUCAUUCCAACUCUUCUCUGAAAUAAGGAAAAAGUUCAGCACAAGAAGAAGGACUGAGGAAACCCGUGUACAUAGAGACGUCAUUCACGAAGAGGGAGAGAAUGACAAUGACGUUGAACUUUGCCAGCAUCCGGGAACUUCUGAUUUAGAAGAUAUCAAAAUGGCAGUAGUUGAAAAGGUAACGGUUUUGUAACAGUGACUGUUGUGGUGGCGUCGACGCUUUUUUUUCUUUGGCAAUAUAAUGUUGUUUGUCACGUCCGAAAAAUAUUUCAUGGUGUUGGUUGAAUAUGGAAUAUAGGAGUUUUCACACAACCAGUACUGCUCUCAACGGUGACGGACAACCUUGUCAGAAACAACUGCGUGAUUCACUAGGAAUAUCUUAGAGGCCAUGGUAAUAGACAGAGAAGACGACAGUCGUAUCCCGUGGAUUAAGAGACUGUCUGAAUACGAAUGUCAAAAUGAUGAUCUGGGACGAGGAGGGAUACAAACUUAGCCACGUUUAGGAUUGUGUUCUCGCCGAAAAGCGCCACCUACAUCGAGAAACAGCACUCCAGUCAGAAGCGCUGAGGAAGGCGUCUGAUAGACAUCGAUACGUUUUACGUUGAGACAGUACUGGCUGAUUAAAAGGAAACUUCAAACUAAUAGAGUGUUUAUCACAUAGUGCUCAUUCCCUGUUGUAGUAGCGCAGCCAGUUUGGUCCGUGCCAAUGUUGCUAUGCCAUACACGAAAGGAAGUCAAAGAGUACGUAAAAGUGACUGGGUGCAUCGAAAAAUCCGAAAACACAAUUCAUCAAGUGACUUUCUUUUCCCUUGAUGAAAAAAUGUCUAGACCCGAGUUCACACAAAUGCGACAUGUCUUCAACAUGGCUGCUUUAUCAUUCUUCACACGACUUGCAAAUGCUAAAAGGACUGUAUAAUAACACAUUUCUAUCGUUGCAAUGCUUAAGCUAUAUGAGCUUUGCGUGUUAUCAAUAUAAAAUACGACAAAGAUUAACUGUACAUGUGAAUCAUGUACAGAUAAUGUACAUAUCAAAUGAAUAUAUGUGUGUAGAAAUGUGUAAAUAAUUGAUAUAUCUAUUUCUGGCACGUACAAAAAGAAUUCGCUAUUGACAACGUACACUGUCAAUGCCAAUUCGCCAUAUUUGUUGGAAAAGGGAUAAUAUAUGUAAAUUGCUAUUAGGUGCCUUGUCAAUUAUUAUAUAAUCAAGACACACCAUGUGUUGAGCCUACCUGUACCCGAAGAUCUCUACUUUUUAUAAAUGUAUAUAGUUCAGAGGACCUACUGUACUAUUUGGUGACUGUACAACAUGUAUUUUCAUAGUUGAUAGUAUACUCGUCUAUCAUGUACAGUGUUUGUACAGCAAGUAACAAUGUAUUGUUUGUAAAGAAAGUGCUCUGGACAUUCCAAUAUAUGACAAAAAGUAUUCCUGUGAAGAUUUGUAUGUACAGAGAGAAGAGAAGCUAUAACACUAGUUGUGUUGUGUCGAUGGCA